ACUCUGGGGAUCAGUCACAGGACUGAGCGCCCACCGAACAUCCUUAGAGGAGAGAGGCAUCACGGCCACCUGCUGGGUAUCCUCCUGGCACAGGGUCUCCCGCAGGUCCUCGGGGACAUUUGCUUUCAACUCCAUCAGCCCGGAACUUGAACCCUUUCUCUUCCAGAGAUAGCUUCUUUUCCAUCGUAGUCCCUAGUCACCCUCCUGCCCUCCCGCUGCUACCCUCAUUCCGGCGGCAGAUAACCUCUGCCUGGCGUCACUUCAAACAGGGUCACUGCUGCCCUCUUCGUCCCCAGGUCUUUCUGAAUUCCAUCUUCUGCCGCGCGAUAUCACGCGGACCUAGGUUUCUCCACAAAGUCCUUUCCUGACCCAUCUCCCCUCAAAACCUGACCACAUAGUCAUCAUCUGUCCUGCCAUCCCGCUCCUCCUUAGAGGCUUAGUGAAUUCUGACCUCAUUCCUUCCACAUGAUGCUGUCUUGAAGCUUUUCUGACACUCACCUCAAAACUGACACUGACACGCGGUGUGUCCUGUGUAUUGUGUCUUUGCACCUGGGCCAUUUAAGUAAUGAUCAGGCAUGAGAAGAGGACAAAAACAGGCAAUCUUUUGGGACUUAACUUUUUGUCAUUGUUUCAAAGAGUACAACUAUUUACGUUUAGAUUCCUUCUUGUUUGAAGUCUUGUCGGCUGAACACACGGAAGGCCCCUUAGUUCACCUGUUUUCCCAGAAUCUGUUUUUUUUUUUUUUCUUUUUUUUUUUUUUCAGGUCUAGUCAAAGCACCUACACAGCCCAGCUGUGAUUAUCCCUGAGCUAGCCACCAAAGCUCGGCAACUUUUAAGGAUAAGCAGUUUUUUCUUGAGAGAGGUGGCACCAGAAACACCUUCUACAAGCUUUUCAUUAUUGCUAUGAUUUCAGUUUUCAAUUUAGAAUGUGAUAAGUCAAGUAUCUGAACACAGUGGAGUAGUUCAACACUCAUCUCAGCUUUCCAUGAUAUGUUCUCUACCGUGAAAAAUUAUGACCUCAACAUCCAAAGGCAUUCUUCGCCCAUUUCUAAUCGUCUGCAUUAUCCUGGGCUGCUUCGUGGCAUGUCUACUUAUCUACAUCAAGCCCACCAACAGCUGGGUCUUCAGUCCAAUGGAGUCUGCAAGCUCUGUGCUGAAAAUGAAAAAUUUCUUCUCCAGGAAAACUGAUUAUUUUAAUGAAACUACUAUUCUGGUUUGGGUGUGGCCAUUUGGGCAGACCUUUGACCUUACAUCCUGCCAAGCCAUGUUCAACAUCCAAGGGUGCCAUCUCACAACGGACCGCUCGUUGUACAACAAAUCCCAUGCGGUCCUGAUACACCACAGAGACAUCAGCUGGGAUCUGACUAACUUACCUCAGCAGGCCAGGCCGCCCUUUCAGAAAUGGAUUUGGAUGAACUUAGAGUCACCCACUCACACCCCCCAAAAGAGUGGCAUUGAGCACUUGUUCAACCUGACUCUAACUUAUCGCCGUGAUUCAGAUAUACAAGUGCCUUACGGCUUCUUGACGGUGAGCACAAGCCCCUUUGUGUUUGAAGUGCCAAGCAAAGAGAAGUUAGUGUGCUGGGUUGUGAGUAACUGGAAUCCCGAGCAUGCCAGGGUCAAGUAUUACAACGAGCUCAGCAAGAGUAUUGAAAUCCACACCUAUGGGCAAGCAUUUGGAGAAUAUGUGAAUGAUAAAAAUCUGAUUCCCACCAUAUCUACUUGUAAAUUUUAUCUUUCCUUUGAAAACUCAAUUCACAAAGAUUACAUCACAGAAAAGCUCUACAAUGCAUUUUUGGCUGGUUCGGUACCUGUUGUCCUGGGACCAUCUAGGGAAAACUAUGAGAAUUAUAUUCCAGCUGAUUCAUUCAUUCAUGUGGAAGAUUUUAACUCACCCAGUGAGUUGGCAAAAUAUCUGAAGGAGGUUGACAAAAACAAUAAGUUAUAUCUUAGUUACUUCAACUGGAGGAAGGAUUUUACUGUAAACCUCCCACGGUUUUGGGAAUCACAUGCAUGCCUGGCAUGCGAUCAUGUAAAAAGGCAUCAAGAAUAUAAGUCUGUUGGCAAUUUAGAGAAAUGGUUUUGGAAUUAAAAUGUCCAUCAUCGUCACAGUGAAAUAGAUUAAUGAGACACCAUUCAAGUGUUCAGGAUAAGAAGAAACACGCUGCAUUUGGGUCACAGUUUAUUUUUCCUGCUCUCCCUUGAGGACCAUGUAUAUUUUGAUGAAAUUUUUAAGAGACCAGAAUCAGCAAAUCACUCAAUUUGGUUUUAAAUUAUCCUGUAUAUAUGUGAUAACAAGCACUGGAAAUAAUUUAUUCAUCAUUCUCAUUUGUGAAGCAUUCUGUUUUUACAUUUUAUAGUUGACUGUAAAGUAAGUUUGUGAUUUAAUUGUUUCCACAUCAAUCAGAUCUUUCAUCUACUUGGGAAAUGAAAAUACAUAUUCUAAAAUAUGAAGGACUCUUUGCCAAGUGUUAUGAAAUUUAGAUUCUAACUUGUAUAAUGCUAACAAAAAAGGAUUAUUGAACCACUUAAUUCUUAAUCUCUCUGACUUCAGAGCUGAACACUACUCACAAUUGAUGUAGGUUUUACCUGUACCAUGUUUGUGAUGGUGGACUAAUUGAUGUAGUGAAGAAGAAAGGCAGGAAGCAGAAAUGUUAGUAGACUCCACACUCAUUUUCAUUAAGUUGUUUUACAAAUGCAGAUCUCAAUAUUUUAAGUUAAAGAAAGCAAGAAAUACAAUUUAUGUGGUUGGGGGAGGCUGUUUGUUUUGUUUUUGUUUUUUUUUUUUUUUGCCUAAUAAUACAUGAGAGAAUCUUCUAACAGUUCCCUUUUAUAUCAUGAGGAAAAUCAUUAUUGUAAAACUAAAUAAAUCCCCUAUAACAAUAAAAAUGAUACCUGGCACUAUAAAUAAACAUAUAUAUUAUAAAUUAUAUUUAUAGAACUUUAAUUACUCUAUCCAUUUGAAAUAUUUUUCCAAAGUAUUCCUAUUCAAGUUUCAUUUUACCAUAUUUGGUAAUAAAUAGAAAUAACUUGAAAAACCUAGAUGAUCCUUUAAAAUAUCAUUUAAAAUUUUUAGCAAUGAGUCAAACAUGUCAUGAAACACAAAAGUGAAACCUACAGGGAAGACACAGUACUGACACAGAGUAAGAUUUCAAUGUGAAGAUUUUAUUAUGUAAAUUUAUUAAGUGUUACAAAAGACAUGGAUAAAUUCUUGUUUUUUUGAUAAAAGAACACUUCUAGCCUAGAACUAUUAAUUGAAAGUUAUCUUUUAUAUUCCAUUUAAAAUAUUAUCCAUACUUAGCAUAUAUUGCUAAUAUAUUCAGGGCUUUACAGAACCAAUGUAAACUUAUUGUUGCACUGAAUUUGGGGGAAUGUUAUCUAUGAACUUUCAUCUGCCUGCAAAUGUCUCUUCUAUAAAUUUAGAGGAGAUAUGUGGGCAUAUGCAAAUACAAUAGAUUAGAAAAAAACUAGAGACUGGAGACUCUUACAGAAAAUUUUUCUUCAAAGGGUUUCUAAUGCCUGCGUUCUAUUCUGUUUGAACCCUAUAGAAAGAAUAAUGUUCCAAUGACAUCUAUUUGAAUCUUUGUGGCUCGCUACAUUUUUCUAUUAUGUGUUUCAGUCAACAGAACUCAGGCUUAUUCUUACCUAUAGAGAAGAUGCAUUUCAGUUUAAUAAGCAAGCAUUAUGUGCUUUGUGAGAGAUAAGCUACUUCAGCAUGGGAAAUAUUUGAGCAAAGAAAGACCACAGAAUUAAACAGAAUUUGAUCCCAUGUUCUUUUUUAACUUUUUAAAGAUAUGGUCAAACAGGUGAUAUUGUCAGUCCUAAAUUGCCACAGAAGUCAAAAUGAAAAUGGUCAUCACUUAAGGGCUUGUGAAAUAAAGCUUCCUAUAAUUUGCAUCUUGUACCACUCUCAAUGAAGGUUGUAUGAUUUAGUGGGAAAGGGUACUAAACAAUACCAGUAAAUUUACCCCCAUUGUUUAACUACCUAACAUGUUUUAGAGUUGCAAGCCUUUUCUACUAAGUUGACCCAAUGUAGAUUUUUCUCUAGAUUAUUUCUUUCCACACAUCAUUUUUAUAUGUAUAUCAAGAAAUAGUAUAUAUACAUAGAUACUCUUGUAAAGGCUCUAUUCAUAUAUUUAUUUGUUUAAAAGUCAAUUUUAUGCAUUUACUUGUUAUGUUUUUAGUCCAUAAACUGUAGACACCUAAACAUGCAUUGCUACGUUUAGAACUUACUGUCAUGGAAAGAUAGAACACACUCUAUGUGACUUUCAUCUCUCAUUGCUAAUUCGGAUGCCAAGAGACCUGAAGGCAGUUGCCUCUUUUAUUGAGCUCAUUCUUAGACUUGAACUACAAUUAAAUGCCAAUAGUAAGGGUAUCAGUAGAUACCAUGCCUAGCAAGGGUAUCAAGUAUUCCACAGGUACAUCCGUAUAUUGAUUGCCCAAUGCCAAGCCACAGAAAAUGUCUGAAUUUCAAGUCCACAGACAAUGAACCAGCUUUUAACUAGAAGAAUAUACAAGAAUAUACAUAAGUCAAGCUUUUUUUCCUUUCUAAUGAGCUAGUUAUUUAUUUAUGACCUAUUUAUUUCUGAUAUGUUGAGAGACAGGCAUGUCAACCCCACACAUAAUGAUAGCAGAGAUUAGAAUUUAAGGAUCCUAUUGCUGUGAAUCUUGUUUCCUCUGCCCUAUCCAUAACUUAUUGUAUGAAUAUAACUCAAUUCCUAUAAAUGUGAAUAACACCUUGGAAUUAUUUAGUGCUCGUAGGACAGUAUGUUCUGGGAGGACUUCAGCUUUUGAAUAUAUAGUAAACCGAGCUUUGAGAUGUUGACACUCUUUUUGAUAUUAUUGUUUUAGCACUCUAGCAGAAAGAACGAGCUUUAAUAUGUGUAAGUGAGAAAUUACCACUGAAAAGACAUGCCACUGGCCACUCUGUUAAUAAAUCCUGUGGCUCACACUUUUUGUAAGGAUAUCUUUUAUGAAAGAUAGAUGGAUUCAACCAAAUUGGCUUGUUGUGGGUAUAAUAAAAGCAGAUUAAUAUGCCUAGAGAUCAAUGAUGUCUCUGAAAAGGUCAUGAACAAGUUUUCAUCUAAAAGUGCAGAAAGUCAGUAUCAUCAGGGCUCUGAGUAUUUAAUCAAUAAGUAUUUCAGGCCGCAAUAGUCGGAAUACAAAAAUAAUUAUUCUAAGCCUUACUGAAGAGAAAUGUUUUUGCUUAUCUAUUUAGCUGUAUUGUAUUUUAAAGAAGGAAGAUCAUGUUUGCCAUAUAUUUUAGGACAGCCAUGACCUGUUGAAGUGAAAGUAUAAAAAAUAAUCUUAGUGGAAAACCAGUAUCAGCUUACAAAGUUCAUAUUUACUCCAAAAAACUCAGUCCUAGAGUGUAUAAAGUUUGAACCAAAAUGGUUGAGGUGAAAAUGGACAGAAUACUUAAGGAGUUAUUUGCUGAGUCUUUAAAUGCUUGCCUUUAAUUGGAAAUUAAAUUUAAAAAAAAAGAACAGAAACAUAAAAGAAGCUACUUAAAUUCGUUUUUUACUGAACUUUUUUCAGGGUAGAUUUCAUGGCUGUUACUCACCAAGAAAGUAUUUGUAUGAUCUAACGUUUCAAAACAUUCUAGCUCUCCAUGGCUUUUGUUUUGUUUUGUUUUUUGUUGUUUGUUUGUUUGUUUGUUGUGUGUGUGUGCUUGAUGUCAGCUCUCCUCAACUCUAAUCUCAAGAACGGGGGUUUGUUAAAAGUUGUAAUCAAGAUCUAGAUAUAAGAAAUUUUAGAAACUAAAGGAUAAGCAGUUCUUUAUACAGGAAGGGUUAUUAAGAGAUGCUCAGUAGGGGUUGGGGAUUUAGCUCAGUGGUAGAGUGCUUGCCUAGCAAGCACAAGGCCCUGGGUUCAGUCCUCAGCUCCAGAAAAAAACAAAGAAAGAUGCUCAGUAAAUAGUUACAUCGAUGAAAUUAGUGGACAUGAAAAAUAUUUUUAAUGUAAUCAAAAUAUCAGCUUUUCCACUCUAAAUGUGGAUAAUCUUUUCUGUUCACAUUGCUCCCAGAUUCAAACAGAAUACAGUUUAAGUUCUUAGUAUCAUAUGUUUUUUAAAAAACCAAAAGAAUUCAAUGUUAUGGAAGAUUAAACUAGAUUUGGAACUUCUUGGGAUUCUAUAUUAACAUUAAGCAUUCACUAACUGUCUAAUAGAAAUGAAAUCAGUAUGUAAGGAGAAUAAAAUAUGGAGCACCUUGAUAGGCAAAUGUGUAUUACCAAACUGUGGGGAAGGAAACAGAGGUUUGCCCAUCGUUCUUGCUAAUUGGAUUUGUUGCAUAGUGAAUAUACUGCAAACACCAGUCAAUCAGGUAAUUUUUGCUGAUGGGCAUUUCUCCUUUGGAGUCUUUAUGACACCUUAAAAAUGGCUAAGCUCUGCUACUAUCCAAAGUAUGGUCCUUGUAAUUUACAUUCAAUCCAUCCAUAUUCAUAAGCAGCUAAUAGAAUCUAAAUGGUAGACACACUGUUAAACUAGAAAUAUGAGUAAUCGUACCUUAGGCUAUCAUUGCAACAAAUUGAAGCCUUGAGGAACUCACUUGACCUCUCUGGAUGACUGUGUUAGUAAGGAUUCCUUCAGCACCACUGCUCGAUAAUAUGAGGCCUAAAUUGAUAUGUGCAUAAAUUUGCAUUUCAAAUUUUCUUGUCCAUCUAAAAAUAUUUUGGAAACUUAAUACUUCAAAUAGAAUUCCCUUUCUUUUCUAUAGAACAAUAAAGAACAUAAUCUUGGUACUUUACUGAACCUUUCAAGACAGCAAGUGCCCAAUUAACUAACCCUCCUCAUUUAUAUUUCUCUUCCUCUUAGGUCUGUUGUAACAUACUGUCGCUUACCCUUAGUUUCCUAUACCAAACAACCAUAUUUUGAACCCUAUUCUAAGACAUUUCAGACUUUCCUAUACUAUCUACAUUCUUACUAUAAUAAUCUACACUAUUUAUUGAUGAAAAACUUGGGAAAUUAGCAGAAGCACGUGAGUUCCUUCAUCAACAGGAAUAUAGAGUUUGAGUGUAUAAGAUUGACUAUAUUUAGAAAACUUAUUGUUUUGACUCAAGACUAAUUUAUUUUCAUUCAAUAUACUUUGGAUAUAUUUUCAUUUAAAAGCAAAUUCCAUACCACUAAUUUUUAGAGCAUUACUCAAGGCACUGUUCCUAAGCCAUGAAAUCUAGAGUUUGCAGAGAUAUUUAUUAAUAAUACUUACACCUGGUCCGUUUUCCACGUAAUUGGAACCUUUUCAACUAAGAAAACAAACCAAAAAUCAAAAAACAAUAAAAGAAGACAGAAAACAUGGUGUUAGUACAAAGUUAUCCUAUGCCUGCCAGAUGUUCUCAGACUCACAUCUGCCUUGAGGACUUCCUAGAUCAAUAGCAUAACAAUUAUUUACAUCAUUUGAAAGAUUGUUAUAAUUAUAAUACAUAUGAUGACCUAGGUCUGUAUUUUUAAUGAAUCCAUAGGCAAUUCAAACAUGCUGCUUGUUUUGGAAGUCUGGGUCCUGUCUAUUAAAUAGAAGUUAUCUAUACUUAAACAUUACAGGUAUGAGAUAUUGCCUUUCCUUAGCUCACUUGGGAUCUUCUUAAAUAUAUCUGUAGGUGUUACUAUAUUUCAAAACCCAAGGUAAGCCUAGUUAUGUCUUGUACAUGGUGCUGCUCUUCAGCUAUAAUUUUGUCAAACUGUUCACCAGUUCCUGGAAAUUAUUUUUCAUGAUCCCCCUUAGAUUUUAUAUAUUUGGUUGUGAGCCUAGCCUUUAACGGCUGAGCCAUCUCUCCAGCCCCUCCCUUAGAUUUUAAAUGCAUUUAUUCUAUUUUAAAUACAAAACAAAAGUAGACAGUUAUUAGGAUUUCUAGGAGCCAUCAAAAUUGCACACAUAAGAUCAAUUGCUUUCCUGAAUCUCAGCAGCUUAAUUGAUAGGUAGGAUAUGGCUACAUGUUAUAAGACUUUAGAUUGUCCACAAUCAUGAAUUUAAUAUUAAAGGUGAGCUAUACACUCACUAGAUCACUCUCUGUGCCUGAUCUCAUCUCUCUUAGUAUCAUGAUUGUAUGUGUAUAGUAUGGGUAGCCUAUUUUGAAAACAAAUGAGUGCAUCGCUAAAACAUUAGACAAUUAUAUGUAUGUGUGUUGUGUGAGUGUUCAACCACUGAGAUAAGUCUUUGGUUGUAAAAAAUGAAAAUAAGAAAAAUCUAGAAUAUAUAAAAAUUUCAGCUCUAAUAUCUAUUGAUGUUAGGUUGGCAUCUCUGCUCAUAAAAAGUUGCUGAAAAUUUAAACAAGCUGAAGGGUUGUUCUCGCAAUAGAAGAGAAACAAAUAAACAUAGUGUGGAAGAAUGACAUUACUGAAAUUAAAAGAGCUAACCUUCAAUAGAAGGGAUAUGCAUAAACAUACUGAUGAAGCAUGCAGUAACAUCUACCACAAUGAGAAAGUAUUAGAAGGCAUGUGGGGGUGGUGGCAGUGAAAUGGAGACACUGAUCACCUCACUAACUGCAUUGAGCAUUUCCUAAAAUAAGCAGGUCUAACUUUUCUUCACUGUUAUUAGAAAUCAGUAGAUUAUUACUAAUUUAGCUUCUUAGCUGUUCAUACAGCUGAAGUCCACAGACAGAAUACCAGAAAGAUCCUCAGAGAUAAUUUUCUAAUGAAGAAAUUGUUUUUAGACAUAUCCAUCAACCCGACUAAGUAUUUCAAAUCAACUGUUGGCUCAGGAACAGAACCAGCUAAGGGUAGAUUAUAAGAGAGCUGAGUCUCCCUUAACCUUUCCUAGAGAUUUUUUUAAAAAAGAAAGAAGUCAAAAUGUGAAGAUAUAAACUCGUUAAACUAAAAAUAGUUUCUUCAGUGGUACAGAAAUCAGAAAAACUAAGAAGGCUGUGAUUAAGACUCCACGAAUUCUAUGAAAAUUAAGGUUUAGCCAAUGAGUAAUCUCAAUUGAGCAUAUAUAUAUAUAUAUAUAUAUAUAUAUAUAUAUAUAUAUAUAUAUAUAUUAGUUGAAUGGCCCAAAAAAAGGAACACUUAAGAAAAAGUUUCACAGGUAAAAAAUGAGUAGUAAUUAAAAUAGUGUAUUAAUUAUUUUUAAUUAUGUUUCUUUAAAAGAUGCUAGAAAAGCCAUAGUUUAUAACAUCACAAAACUUCAAAAAUUGAAUUGGUUUACUGAAUUCUUAGGCAAUCAAAUAUUUUUAAUUUAGCUGAACCUAUACAGGACAUGCAACAAUAGACUUGGAGUUUCAUUAUGAAAAACAUUCAGAUUUUACUAAAAAAAAGGUUUUACAGGUGAUUUCUAUACAAUCUAAAAUUGCAGAAGCAUGUUAAAUUUUCUACAGAGGCCUACAUUCCAUUUCAUUAAUGAGGUUGUAGCAGCUAGACAAUCAAGCUUGGGAAAAAUGGUUUGCUAAGACUCAGUUAGCAUUCAAGACUCAGUACUACUAAUAAUAUAAGACAUAGGAGCAGGUUCCAAUCCAUCCCUCAUCUCAGACUUGUCUCGUUAGCUCCCUUCAGCCCAGGAUUGAGACAAUCCUAGAGAUGCCAUUUUUGUCAAUAUGAAAUCAGCAAAGGUAUGCUCCUGUGUGUUCACAUAUUAUGUAUCUCCAUGGUCAAGACCAGGGUCAAGACCAAUUGUCUACAUAACACUGGAAGCCAUCUACAUUAUAAGGAAACAUGAUCUAUCACAGAUUCUAAUACCAUGAUUUUUUUUAUAAAAAUAACCAAGGGGCUAGGAUUAUGUUUUCCCUCAUUUUCUCUUUCUAUCCCUUAAAAUCAAGUAUGAUAGGAGUCAGGAAUUACAGAGUAUAACAAUGUAAUAAAAAUAAUAUUUUUGUAGACUCCUUAAGAAUCAAAGCAGGAAUGGGGAUAAGAUAUAAAUAUGUUGAAUACACUUUUAAAAUUCAAUUAUCUUCUCAGUAGUAAUGUGGCUUAUUCUGCAUCUAUACCAGCAUGGGAUCAAGAAGUGCUUUCUUAAGAUACAUGAUAAAGGCUUAAAAGUCUAAAUAGGUUUACCAAGACUCAGAAAGAAGAAAGCAUGAAGAAGAAACAAGAAAAUGUGAAAUAGACUCAUGAUCAAAGUCCAUCCUUUUAGCUUUCAACAUCUGUAGUGUAAUUUACUAGCAUUUCUGAGCCACAGAUUUCUCAUGUGUUAUCUACAGGUGAUAGAUUGUACAUUAGAUCCACAUAAGAACGUCUUCAAAAUAUUGGCAUUGACCUGAAACUCUGGUGUAAGUAUAUGGUCUGCCAUAUAUUCCGUGCUCUUCUUCCAUGUUCUCUUCUAGGUGGCUUUGUUCAAUGAGUGGUAGGGAAGGGUGAGGGGAAAUUUCCAUACAACUUUAAGUGCUGCAAAAGAAGAAAGUUGUAGUGAGUGAAGCAUCACAAAGCAAGGUCAGAGAAUGUGCCUACCAUCUUGAUUCCAUUCAGGCCAUUACCAAUGCUUGUGCUGAGGAGUUUAAGUAAUUUUCAUAAAGGGUUUUAUACUCAAAGAAUUGAGGGCAAAGCAAUCACACUGGAACAAAAUGUGCCAAUUCUUUCAGUAAUUCAUAAAACUACUUUGAAAGCAAUUGAAUAUUUUAGUAUUGUAAUUUGCACUAUGAUAUUACUAUGUUCGGACAAACUAAAAUACUCUGAAAUCUAAUGCCAAAUGUACAGUUCAUAGGUUCGUGUUAUUUCUUAUAAGUGUUUCAUUGCAUUGUUCCAGUUGUUUAAUACCAUUAACUUACCCUGGGUGUGUUGUUAUGAUGCAGAUCCAACAGGGUUAUUGUAAGCACACUAAUUAGUCAUCUGGGGUUUUAUAGAUAAAAUCAUACAUUGAUCAGAAAUCACUUUUCUACUUAUUUUUUUGUAGAGUAUUUUUCCACACUUGAAAAAAAAACAUGAUUAUUUUAUAUCAAACAUCAGUUUUCUUUAAAAUCUUAUUUUAGUAGCCACUGCAUGUUUGAAAUAAGAUGGUAAAUAUUAUAUGACAAUAGUGAGAUUGUGUUUGUAAGUGAAAGUGCAUGCUCUAAUGAAUCACACAGCUUUGGUGGCAUAUUUUUUCCACUGCCACCUGAUAUGCAAGCUUUGUCUGAAUCUGUGUGCAUGUUUCACAUGCUUUCCAGAGUCCGUUUUUUAAUAUUUACAAAGUGAUAUGUGAUUUUUAGUGCCGAUAAGCCAGUGAGCCAAGAUGCAAUACUGUUUUGCUUUCAUUUUUCUUCAAACUUAUUAUGUUGUAAAUUUUCUCGGAAAACUUUUUCUUGAAGUUGUUGGCAAUAAACUAUAACAAAAAAAAAAGAAUUUGCUGAUAAAUCUUACAAGUGACUGCACAGCAACUUACUGUUACAAAGCAUGAUGUGAAAAGAUCAUUUUACUAAUUCCAUUCUAUGAAUACAAUAUUCUGGCAUCUUUUUGUAUAAUUAAGAAGAGUUUAUCAUUUUCAAAACACUGCCAAAGUCAGUAAUACUGCCAAAAGGGAGGAACACCAAGUCAGACCUGCAUUACAUUAACCUGAACAAUAGCAGACUAUCCAGACUGUGUAGACUGUCAAUCAGUACAGCAAAUUAGAGGGACAGACCCACUCCUUUGUUUCUUAGUCAUUUGGAAAAUGUAUAAGGAAUAUAAAUUUUGGCAACAGAGACAUGCCUUUACAUGCUGUUAACUCACAGCAACAUUUUAAAUAAAAUUCAUUCCAUUCUGGAAAAGAUAUGCCCAGGUCUUUUGUUUGUUUCAGAAAUAUACUUGUGUUUUUGAAAGCUCGGAUUUCAAACAGUUAAUAUAUGUAGACCACCUGUUCCUUCUCCAAAUGAUAAGUCAUUUAUUGUAACACGUAAUGGGUAGAACAUAGCUUUCAGUCAGUUACUCAAAUCACCAGUAUAAACAUUCGUAAUGUUAGAAGGUGAUUUCACUGUGAUGUUAUGAGAGCAAUGGAAACCCUAGUUAUUCGUUCAUUUUUCUCAUGUAUUUAUUUAUAGAAAAUUGCUUCUUUCAAGUCUGAUGUUGACAGCAUCAAAUGAGUUAAUAUAAUGCUAAGAAAACUGACUCUGGUUAUGAUCUCAGGUCACAAUCCUGAAGCUGGGUCUUGCUGCAAUCCAAAAUAAAACAUUGAGUCAAAUGAUGAGCAGCCUGCCCGGCCUUAGAGAGGGCAACUAUAGCAGUCAUGAUACCAUAGGUGUAAGCAGCAGAAAGAAUUGCUGCACUAUUCAUGACAUUGUAGGUGUAUGAACGUUCUACACCAUUCAUGAUACUAUAGAUGUGUAACACUCAGCAAACAUCUGAUCUGGGCUCUCGGUUGGUACUGCAUGCAUCCCUUCAUUUAAAUAACCUGUAAAUAACAUCACUUUGUGGCAGCUAAGCGAAUAUUUUAAUAAGCCAUGAAAGGCAUGAUAUAAGAAAUCUGUACUUUCAGGUGUUUGGGGAAAAAAAUUGUACCUUCCAUAAAUUAAAGUGGAGUUGCCGUUUGAAAUUUCCUUCCCUUAAAAAUAUGCUGUAACACUGUAUGUUCGUCGCUGUCUUUUCAGACGUAUAAAUACAUGAUGUGACUACUACAGCUUUGUGAAAUUUUGUUUAGCAAUUAAUGACUUUAACAAUCUGAACAACGAUUUCAAGGCAGAAGUAAAUACAUAAGGAAUUUGAGCCUGUUUGUAAAAAGUCUAUUCCUUAUGUCAGAUUUACUGUAUUCAAUGUAAAUACCUCACGGAUAUAACACUGGAGCCAGUGGAUGUGUAAAUAAUUAUGUUCUAUUUGGGCCUAAUGCAUUCCUGUAAUGUGAAUAUUUAAAAUAAAGGAAUUCAAUUUAAAUGCA